GGUAAAGGAAUUUCAGAAACCAUUCCAUGAAAGCUUAGAAUUAAGUUUCCAAUAAAUAACACAGUAAGGGAGUUUUCAGUAGCAUGGAUAGACUGAUAAGCUUAGAGUCAUCGAACGUGGUGACAGUAAGAAUUGAACCAGGACAAAAGUGUUCCGGUGAGUUAACUCUCCGGAAUGUCAUGUACACCAUGCCUGUGGCAUUCCGGUUGCAGCCACUUAACAAGACUCGUUAUACAGUCCGUCCACAAUCUGGUAUUAUCUCACCAUUCACAACUGUCAAAUUGGAGAUCAUUUACCAUCUUCCUCCUAAUACUGUCCUCCCUGAGUCAUAUCCUCAUUGCGAUGACUCGUUUCUUUUGCAUAGUGUCGUGGCGCCUGGGGUGGCUUUGAAAGGCUCUUUUGACUCUGUUCCGAUCGAUUGGUUCACUAACAAGAAGAAGCAAGUAUUCAUUGAUAGUGCUAUUAAGAUCAUGUUUGUUGGUUCUUCUAUACUGUGUUAUCUUGUCAGGAAAGGUUAUAUGGAUGAAAUCAGAGAUGUGCUGGAGAAGAGUAACCCGAAAUGGAAGGCGGCUGAUUCGGUUGAUCAUGAAGGUCAAACAUUGCUUCACUUAGCCAUUAUCCAAGCCCGGCCUGAUGUUGUUCAAUUGCUCCUCGAAUUCCAGCCUGAUAUAGAAGCUCGUAGCCGGUCUGGUUCAACCCCACUUGAGGCAGCAACAGCUUCUGGCGAAGCCUUAAUCGUUGAACUUCUGUUAGCAAACAAAGCAAGUACAGAGAGAACAGAGUUCUCAGCUUGGGGACCUAUACAUCUAGCUGCUGGAAAUGGUCAUAUGGAGGUGCUAAAACUUGUUAUUCUAAAAGGGGCAAAUGUUAAUUCUCUUGCGAAAGAUGGGAACACAGCUUUACACCUUGCUGUUAAAGAAGGAAGGCGAGAUUGUGCUCGGCUUUUGUUGGCGAACGGGGCCAGAGCUGAUAUCCAAAGCGCUGGCCAUGGUGAUAGCCCUUUGCAUAUUGCUGUAGGAUCCGGAGACGAGCAGAUGGUUCGUCUUUUGCUUCACAAGGGAGCUGAGAAGAACAUCCGUAACAAGUACGGGAAGACCGCGUAUGAUGUUGCUGCUGAACAUGGCUACACUACGCUUUUCGAUGCCCUUCGUUUAGGAGACAGCCUGUGUGUUGCAGCCCGUAAAGGAGAUGUAAGAAAUAUCCAGAGGCUGAUUGAGAACAGAGUGAGCAUCAAUGGCCGGGACCAACACGGAUGGAGUGCAUUGCACCGUGCAUCCUUCAAGGGGAAAAUAGACGCGGUUCGUGCAUUAAUGGACAUGGGAAUUGACAAGGAUGCAAGGGAUGAAGAUGGCUAUACCGCCUUGCAUUGUGCGGUGGAGGCUGGCCAUGUUGACGUGGCUGAGAUGCUUGUAAAGAAAGGCGUAGAUAUUGCAGCAAGGACUAAUAAGGGAGUUACUGCAUUGCAAAUCGCCGAGUCAUUGCACUACUCUGGGCUAACCAGGAUACUCAUCCAAGGUGGUGCAGAAAGAGAAGGAACUAGGAUAGCAACACAUAAACCGCUUAGCAAACUGGCUGCUAGAGAAAUGGAGGUGGGUACGAUCAAGAAAAAAACUAGUAGUAAAGCGAGAGUUCGUCGGAGUAGCUUUGAUAGAGCUGUCACAUUGUCUGUGGUGUGAUUUACUCGGAGAAUUGAAAACCAUCCUCUGUUAAUUAGAGGAAAGAAUGUUUCAUUCUAUUGUUAAUUAGAUGAUUAAUGCAGAUCAUUCUGGUGGGAGAUUCCCUCGAG